CGUCAAAGAUUGCGAGACAAAUUGCGAUUAUUUCAAGCAAAGAAGAAAUGCUGCCCAAGUCAUGGGAUUUAGCCCGUACCAAAAAAUUUCUGCCGCCAUGAGGGUUAUUGCAUACGGUAUACCAGCAGAUUAUACCGAUGAGUACCUUCGCAUUGGUGUGCAAACAACCACGGAUUGCGUGCGUAUGUUUGCCAAGAUGGUGAUCAAGUUGUAUGGAGAGAAGUAUCUCCGAGCUCCAAAUGAGGAUGAUACAAAAAGGCUCAUGGAGAUCAAUGAAAAGAGGGGGUGGCCGGGGAUGCUUGGUAGUUUGGAUUGUAUGCAUUGGACAUGGAAAAAUUGUCCAAAAGCAUGGCAUGGCAUGUAUUGUGGCAAAAGCCGUGAUGCUACCAUUGUUCUUGAAGCUGUGGCCUCUCAAGACUUAUGGAUUUGGCAUGCUUUUUUUGGAUUGCCGGGGACACUCAACGACAUCAACAUCUUGAAUAGAUCCCCUUUGUUUAAAAGACUAGUUAAGGGUGAUGCUCCACCUUGUAACUACAAAGUUAUGAACAAUGAGUACACCAUGGGGUACUAUCUCACAGAUGGUAUUUACCCUAACUAUGCAACCCUUGUCAAGUCCAUAAAAGAGAAAAAGGACAGGCCUUUGACAAGAAAGGAAGCUUGCUUCACCAGAAAUCAAGAGGCAUGCCGCAAGGAUAUUGAGAGAGCUUUUGGUGUCCUUCAAGCAAGGUUUGCAAUUGUCAGGGGUCCUGCUAGGUUUUGGGACAAGGAAACUCUUGUUGAUGUCAUGACAUGUUGUGUGAUUCUUCACAACAUGAUCAUUGAAGAUGAAAGAGGUUUAAACUUGCCAUGUUUCUAUGACAAUGUUGGCACCCGAGUGCAGCCCGAGAGGAACCCUGAUCGGCUUGAAGCUUUUCUUGCAGCUCAUCGAGGCAUUGAAAAUGCCGAGACUCAUCACCAGCUCACCCAAGAUCUGAUUGAUCACCAUUGGCAGUUGCAUGGCCAAUGAUUUUUUACAUUCAUUUCCCAUUGUUGUAUGUGUGAAACAUUCAUUUCCUAUUUGUUGUAUGUGUGAAACAUUUGUUAUUUGUUUAAUUCUUCCAUUAGAACAUUUGUUGACAUUUCCGAGAAACAUUAUUGUAAUAAUUAAGACGAUUAUUGUGUGAUGUAAAACAUUUAUUUUAUGUGAAUGGUGUGUUGGUUCUAAUAUGCAAUUU